UCCAAGAUGUCUUAAUUAGCAGCCAAAAUCACUUAUAGCCGCUACGCACGCUAUUUUUUAUUUUUCCGAGCACGAAAAUCGCACAAAGCAAAAAUGGCCAAGGGAGAAGACGAAGAGGAGACGCAUGGGAGGAGUACGAGGGCGGCAGUCGAAGGCGAGCUCCGCGCUCUGUGGAGCAUGGCGGCCCCCAUCACAGCUAUGAACUGCGUGGUUUACCUCCGUGCUAUGAUAUCCGUAGUCUGUCUCGGCCGGCUCGGUCCCCUCGAGCUCGCCGGAGGGGCUCUUUCUAUCGGCUUCACCAACAUCACGGGAUACUCGGUCCUAUUCGGCCUCGCAUCGGGCUUAGAACCACUCUGCAGCCAAGCUUACGGCUCCCGCAACUGGGACCUCAUUUCCCUGUCCCUACAGCGCGCCAUCCUUCUCCUACUCACGGCCGCCUUGCCCAUUUCAUUCCUCUGGCUCAACCUCGGUCCCAUCCUCAUCACUCUUGGCCAAGACCCAGCAAUCACAACCUCCGCCGCUUCGUAUUGCCUCUUCUCUCUCCCAGACCUCCUCACCAACGCCUUCCUUCAACCCCUCCGAGUUUUCCUUCGUUCCCAAGGCAUAACCAAACCCAUGGCCGCCUGCUCUGCCGCAGCCGUCCUCCUUCACCUCCCCCUAAGCUUCUUUUUCGCUUUUGUCCUCCAUCUCGGCGUUCCAGGCGUCGCCUUUGCAGCCGUGCUCACUAAUCUCAACAUGGCUCUCUUCCUCCUCGCCUACCUCCGCUUCUCCGGUGCCUGUAAGCUCACCUGGCGUGGCUGGUCCCGCGCAGCCUUUUCCCAACUCACCCCUCUUCUGCGCCUCGCCAUCCCUUCGUGCUUCGGCGUCUGCCUCGAGUGGUGGUGGUAUGAGAUCAUGACCGUCCUCGCCGGCUACCUUCCCAAUCCAACCGUCGCGGUUGGUGCCACAGCCAUCCUCAUUCAAACAACUAGCCUCAUGUACACGGUCCCUAUGGCUUUAGCAGCCUGCGUCUCCACCCGGGUGGGCAAUGAGCUUGGAGCCGGGAGGCCGAGGAGCGCAAGGAUGGCGGCGAUGGUGGCGAUGGGAUGCGCGGUGGUGAUCGGAAUGGUGAAUGUGGCGUGGACAGUGCUAUUCAAAGAGAGCUGGACAAUGCUCUUUACGAAGGAUUCGAAGGUAGCGGGGCUUGCGGCGGCUGCUUUGCCGCUUAUGGGGCUUUGCGAGCUCGGUAACUGCCCGCAGACGACGGGGUGCGGGGUGCUGCGGGGGACGGCGAGGCCGGCUAUCGGGGCGAGGAUUAACUUUCUGUCGUUUUAUUUGGUCGGGAUGCCGGUGGCGGUCGGGCUAGCGUUCGGGCUGCGGGUCGGGUUCGGUGGGCUGUGGUAUGGGCUGUUGACGGCGCAGGUGGGGUGUGUUGUGUCGGUGGUUUUGGUGGUGUUAGGAUGGACUGAUUGGGAGGCGGAGGCCACGCGGGCUCGGAAACUCACCGGCGUCGAGUUGGCGGGCGAAUGCGAUGUUGUCGGAGAGGAGACGAUGAAGUUUUUAGGUCACUUUGCAGCCGAGGUGUAGCGGUUGAAUUUUGUUUUUCUUUUUUUUCUUUAAUAGUAAGGAGGGAUGGUAUAAAUUUAAUGUAAGGGUUUAAAUUUAGAAUAUUGGCAAAGUGGCCAAGUGGAUGUUGUUUAAUUUAGUGGUAAACAUUUUGGUAA